CCUGCUUUGGUUAUUGGGUCGAUCAGCUUAGGUUUUGAGGUCCGAGUAACGCAAUCCACAAUCAGGUAGGCCCACUGAAAAGCCCGUUACGAGCCCAAAGACUGGACAGGACUAUGCAUAUUUGGGCCGUCAAUGAAUAAAAAUAAAUAAAUAAAAAAGAUAAUUCCUUCUUUUCUCCUUCGGUCAUCAUCUGUCACUGGAUCCAUCGGUUUACUUCUCCUCCAGCUUCCCCCAAAACCCUCAAAUCAAUGGCGUCUUCCUACACGAUUUGGGCACUAAUCCUCGCCAGUCUCUUCUCCGUCAACACCGCCUCCACUCUCCCCGGCGAAGAUACGGGAGGCGGAAACAGCAGCAGCCUCUCCGCCUACCAGGUCCUGCAGCAGUACGACUUCCCGGUCGGGAUCCUGCCCAAGGGAGUCACCGGAUACAAGAUCGACCGCGAAACCGGGAAGUUCGAGCUCUACCUGCCGGCGACCUGCAAGUUCAAGAUCGAUUCGUACGAGCUGGAGUACGGGACGACGGUCAGCGGCGUGGUGACCACAGGGAAGAUCAGCAAUCUGGAAGGCGUGAAGGUGCACAUCUUGUUCAUCUGGCUCAACAUCGUCGAGGUCGUUCACUCCGGCGACCAGAUGCAGUUCUCUGUUGGAAUCGCCUCCGCUGGGUUCCCCCUCGAUGGGUUUUACGAGAGCCCGCAGUGCGGAUGUGGGUUCGAUUGCGACGGGUUGGAGGAGGAGGAGUUGUUGGUGGGUUCUGCUGUUUCCUCGAUCUGAUUCUGUAACGAGAGAAGAGCUUGCAAGUGAAGAAGUACUUGGGCGCGGUGGCGUUCAACAACAUAACGCGGCUGGCAUUCGGGAAGAGGUUCGUGGACUCGGAGGGCGUGAUGGACGAGCAAGGGCUCGACUUCAAGGCGAUUGUCUCGAACGGGCUCAAGCUAGGAGCGUCCCUUUCCAUGGCGGAGCACAUCGAGUGGCUGCGAUGGAUGUUCCCAUUGGAGGAAGGUGCGUUCGCUCAGCACGGUGCACGCAGGGACAGGCUAACUCGGGCGAUCAUGGAGGAGCACACCGAGGCUCGCAAGAAGAGUGGGGAUACGAAGCAGCAUUUCGUCGAUGCGUUGCUCACGUUGAAGGAGAAGUACGAUCUCAGCGAGGACACCAUCAUCGGACUUCUCUGGGACAUGAUCACGGCAGGGAUGGACACGACAGCGAUCUCGUCCGAAUGGGCGAUGGCAGAGAUCAUCAAGCACCCGAGGGUCCAGCAGAAGCUCCACGACGAGAUGGACCGGGUCAUCGGAUUCGAACGAGUAAUGAUCGAGUCCGACUUCUCGAGCCUACACUACCUCCAAUGCGUGGUCAAGGAGUCCCUCAGGCUGCACCCUCCGACCCCUCUAAUGCUCCCCCACCGGUCCAACGCCAACGUCAAGAUCGGCGGCUACGACGUGCCCAAGGGUUCGAACGUCCACGUCAACGUGUGGGCGGUGGCUCGUGAUCCGGCGGUGUGGAAGGACCCGUUGGAGUUCAGGCCGGAGAGGUUCAUGGAAGAGGACGUGGACAUGAAGGGACACGAUUUCCGGCUGCUGCCCUUUGGUGCCGGGAGGCGGGUUUGCCCCGGGGCGCAGCUGGGGAUCAACUUGGUGACUUCGAUGUUGGGUCAUUUGUUGCACCAUUUCCAGUGGAGUUCGCCGGAAGGGGUUAAGCCGGAGGAGAUCGACAUGUUGGAGAAUCCCGGGUUGGUGACUUACAUGAGGACGCCGGUGAUGGCGACGGCGACUCCGCGGCUGCCUUCUCACUUGUACAAGCGUGUGGCUGCGGAGAUGUAAAAGAAAAGCCGGUUAGGAAUGUUUGUUGUACAUUUGUAUUGUACUCUUGACUGAAAGGCGAGGAUUCCAAAAACUUUGAAGAUGGUUUUUUUCUUCUGUACUUGUUUGUAUCAUUUACAAACUUCUGGCAUAAAUUUGAAGAACCCAAUUUUAGUUUUGGGUGUUUUUUUUUUUUUUGGAUAUUUGAUAUGAGAAGAUUAAUUCUUAGUAUGGUUGAAUGUGCUGUAUGUGGAAGGAUGAAAUUGAAAACGAAUUAUGAACUUCCGGUGGAUGACACAUUCUUUCACUCUCUUUUCCCCAA